AUGACAAAACGAAGAAAUGAUGAAAAGAUUAGUCGUUAUCGGCGCAAGCUCCGAAAACUUCAAGAAAAACAACGCAAACGUAAUCGGAUCGUCUACUCAACAUCAGACUCCGAUCAAUCCGAUACCAAAGAAAAACUUAUGAAAGAAUACACGAUACUUGAAAACUGUUCGUUACUACAGGCACCAACAUUAAAUCCGGAAAUUUUGGCUGCCAUAGCUGAAACUACCCGUAACCGGGAUAAAAAGGUAGAAGCGGUUUAGCAAC